AUCCUUACGGCGGUUGGAUCGGAGAGGGAAAAGGGCGGCGAGGAGGAGCAGCAGCAAAAGGGGCGCCGAGCGCCGCGCCGGUGAGGCCUCUGGGCAUGGGCAGAGGGUCCCCUUUCUCAGGCCUUCAUUUGGCCCCCGGGAGCAGGAGGCUGGACUAGCUGGGCCUCCGCUGACUUCCUUGGGCCUCCCGCUUCGACGGCUGAAGGGCUUUGCUUCCGCCCGAAGGCCGUCCCUGGAGCCGAUGGAUGGUCCACCUCCCUUGCCACUCCGGGAGCAGAAGAUGAACUCCGAGGGGAAAAGUUCCGUGCUGCCCAAAGGCCCCUCCCGGCUCCCUGUGUCUGGACUUCGCCUCAAGCGCCCGGCCAGCGAUGAGAAUGAGCCCCCCAAGGUGGAGCGGAAACGGGCUCGGGGUCCCCUGGAGCCUACCAAGCGGGCAGGACCUGUGACAGCAGCAGCCCCCUCCUUGCUGAAGCCUCCGCCAGCGGCCCCUGGGCUCCGAAGCCACCGCCAGGCCGGUGGGCGCCGCCGCUCCAGCACUCGGACACGGGGGACUGCGGGUCUAGCAGGGCCUUCCGUCACAGCAGGAUCCCGUCGGAUGGUGGUUGCGGCAGCCCCUAAGCCAGCCGCUGCUCCUGCCAGUGCUGGCGGGGGUGAGAAGAAGCGGGCCCCCUGGGACUUGAAGGGGCAAGUGAGCGACCUGCGGGCCAAAGUGGGGACCUACAAGGAGAAGGCCCAGGGGCUAGCCGGGGAGAAUGAGGCCCUGAGGCAGCGGCUGAACCAGCUGGAGGGGCAGCUGAAGGAGACGACAGGCCUCAGCCAGCAGCUGGAGGGGCAGAACAGUGCCUUGGCCUUGGAGCUGCAGACCUCCCGAGCGCAGGCCACAGAGAGCCUGCAGAUGGUGGAGGAGCUGGUGGAGCAGGAGCGGCGGCUGCAGGAGACUGUCCAGAGCCAGAGCCAGACAAUCCGGGAGCUGGAAACCGCUGGCCGCAAGGCCAGGGAGGCCAAGGAGGAUUUGGCUGCCCAGCUGGAGACCAGAGAGGCGGAGUUGCGCCAGGCGCAGGAGAGCCUGGCCCAGCGGGCGCAGGAGAAUGAGGUGCUGGCCGCACGCAAGGCUCAGCUGGAGCAGAAGCUGCACGAGUCGGAGAUGGAGCGGCGCUUCCUGCACAACGCCGUCCAGGAGCUGAAGGGCAACAUCCGUGUCUUCUGCCGCGUGCGCCCCCUGCUGAGCAGCGAGAAAGAGGCACAGAAGCAUGGAAUGAGCCACUUGCGCUUCCCGGCGGACGACAGUAAAAGCCUCGUCUUAUCCAAGGUGGAGGAGUCCCACGUUGGCCGGGAGCGCAAAGAGGACAUUGUCUACGAGUUCAACUUUGACCAGGUCUUCCCUCCGUCCAGCUCCCAGGAGGAGGUCUUUGAGGAGAUCUCUCUGCUUGUGCAGUCGGCCUUGGACGGCUACCACGUCUGCAUCUUUGCCUACGGGCAGACGGGGAGCGGCAAGACGUACACCAUGGAGGGCCCCGACUGCCGGGACCCUUCCGCGGCUGGCAUGAUCCCCCGCGCAGUCCAGCAGAUCUUCAAGAAAGCCCGGGAGAUGGAGGCCAAAGGCUGGAAGUACCAUUUUACCGCCAACUUCCUGGAGAUCUACAACGAGUCUCUGCGGGACCUGCUGGUGUUGCGCCCUGAGCGGGGCUCUGAGCUGGAGAUCCGGAGAGUGAGCCAGUGCACGGAGGAACUGCACGUCCCCAACCUCUGCUACGUCCCCGUUGUUUCAGAGGAGGAGGUGCUGAAGCUGCUUCAGAGGGCCAAAGCCCACCGCUCGGUGGCCAAGACCAAUCUCAAUGAGCGAUCCUCCCGCAGCCACAGCCUCUUCCAGCUGCGCAUCGAGGGCCACAACGCCAACCGGGAGCUGCACACCUCCUCUGUGCUGAGCUUGGUGGACCUGGCUGGCAGCGAGCGCCUGGACAAGUCCCUCUCCACAGGCGACCGCCUCAAGGAGACCCAGGCCAUCAACAGCAGCCUCUCCAACCUGGGCCUGGUCAUCACCGCCCUCAGCAACAAGGAGGCCCAUGUGCCCUACCGGAACAGCAAGCUGACCUACCUCCUCCAGAACUCCUUAGGUGGCAAUUCCAAGAUGCUGAUGUUCGUUAACAUCUCGCCCUCGGAGGAGAACUUUGCUGAGUCCCUCAAUUCCCUUCGAUUUGCCCGAAAGGUGAAUGAAUGCGUCAUCGGCACGGCAUCGAACAGGAAGUGAGGGCGGCGGAGGCGGCUGGUCUUGACCCCAUUCUUACUAUUUUUAUACUUACUUUGUAAUAAAUGUUUAUAUUUCUUCUUCCACUGCU